GCCUACCCUUCAUGGACAACAUCUACAGAAUCCGACAUGAAGUUUGUUUGUACGAUCCUCGUCAUUGCGGUGGUCAUCAACUGCAUUGCAGCAAUGACAGAUGAAGAGGAUUUCAUUGAAUCUCUUCACAAAAGAGAAUGCAUUACCCGCAAUAAAAAUUGUAAAGAUGCAAAGAACAAUUGCUGUAUUGGCCUCUAUUGCCAGAAUCAGAUGAAUAAAAAGGGCGAAUGGUUGUGUAAAGAAAACGGGACGAAACCACCAGAGGGCGGCAAAGGUUUUCACGGCGGGCUCAUGGCAAGUGGGUCUUCCAAAGGAAACUCCAAGAACAAGAAAGAUGGCAAAUGGGUUGGAGGGAUGGAAAAAUACAAACCAACGGGUAAACCGCUCUAAUU